ACCAGACCAACAAGACCGUUUUCUCCUUGCCCAACAGACGACAAGAGUCUUCUCUGAGCAAAACGUCAAAAAGGUAUCACCAAACCAUGGCUGGACAUUUCAACCUGAUUAAAUAUGCCAUUGUAUACUGCGCAAUUCUCAUGAGGUUUUUAAGUGACGAGGCCAGAAACUCCAAACGAGCAUCAUUUGACAAUGAGGGAUUGCUAUUGUCCUCUUUUCAAGAAAGCCUUCAGAUGGUGGAAACAGCAUUAUGUCACACCAGGACAGAGCGAGGCACACUCCGGUCCCCAAUGCAGCUGUUUACAUUUCUCCGGCAAGCAGAGCCUGAGACCCAAGAGAUUUCCAGAGCUGCAGAGGUGUUUGACACGACUUUAUAUAUUCUGAAGGACAGAGCCAGCCGGAGACAUAAAAGGGCUCUUGUUGCAUCAGAGCUCCUUUCAUUGGAGGACUUGGCGCUGAUUGCAGACCUGUCAGGUUGUCCUCCACCCGUUCUCCCAGCCUUCUGUCACAACGAUUGCCUCGCCAACAAGUACCGUUCCAUAUCUGGAGUCUGCAAUAAUAGGCAGAAGCCUUUCUGGGGCACAGCCAACAGCGCCUUGGCCAGAUGGCUUCCGGCAGAAUAUGAAGACGGAGAAAGACAACCAAAGGGCUGGAACCAUGGGCAACUAUAUAAUGGCUUCCAACUUCCCCCGGUACAUGAAGUCAGCAAGAAGAUACUGCAGAGCUCCAGCAGACCGAUGUUGCUAGAUGCUGCUUAUUGUCAGAUGCUAGUGGACUGGGGCCAGUACAUCGACCAUGACAUAUCCUUCACUCCUCAAAGCACAAGCAGAGCUGCUUUCUUGGGAGGACUGGACUGCUUAAAGACGUGUGAAAACAUAAACCCCUGUUUCCCUAUUGAGACAUUCCCUGAUGACAAACUGUCUGGGAACAGAAGCUGUGUGCCAUUCUUUCGUUCAUCGCCAGCCUGCUUCUCCGGUAAUGCACAGGCUGCGACGACGGACAUCAAACAAGUGCUACAGCGUCAACAAAUGAACUCAAUCACGUCUUUCCUGGAUGCAUCCACUGUAUAUGGCCACACCCCAUAUUUACAGAGUGCGCUUCGAGACCUCUCAAACUCUGAGGGUCGGCUGGCUGUCAACAGCAGAUUCACUGACCGUAGUGGCAGACCCUACCUGCCUUUUGUCCCCAACACCCCAUCUCCAUGCUUCCAAGAUCCAGGGGAUCCCCAGGGGGAAAGGGUGGAUUGUUUCCUGGCUGGGGACAGCAGGGUGAAUGAGGUUCUGACCCUGGCGGCUCUACACACUUUGUGGAUGAGGGAACACAAUAGAAUCGCAGAGGCCUUGAAUAGCCUCAACCCACACUGGAGCUCAGAGAUUAUUUACCAAGAGGCCCGCAAGAUCAUCGGAGCUCUGCACAGGCAGAUUAUAACCACCAGGGAUUAUGUUCCCAAAAUUAUUGGAAGAGAGGCUUUUGAUCUUUACAUUGGUCCCUAUGGGGGCUAUGAUGCAACUACAGAGCCCUCAGCCUCCAAUGUAUUCUCGACUGCUGCAUUCCGAUUCGGCCAUGCCACUAUUCCCUCAGUUCUCCGGAGACUCAACCAGAGCUUCCAGGAACAUGAACACUUCUCCUCUUUGAGUCUGCAUAAGACUUUCUUCAGUCCCUGGCGACUCAUCAAAGAGGGUGGACUAGAGCCAGUCCUCCGAGGCCUGUUGGGGACGCCGGCGACUGUAGUGAGCCCAGAAAACCUACUGACAGAGGAGCUGACAGAGAGACUGGUUGUGCUUACUGUCCCAGGCGGCUUGGACUUGGCUGCACUCAACCUGCAGAGGGGACGUGAUCAUGGACUUCCAGGUUACAAUGACUGGAGGACGUUCUGUGGACUGGACAGAAUAGAGACUCGAGACGACUUCAGAGAAGUUGUAAAAGAUGCAAGUGUUGUUGGCAAGAUCAUGGACCUGUUUCGACAUCCUGACAACAUUGACGUGUGGCUAGGAGGACUGGUAGAGGAACCUCUGCCUGGCUCCAGGACUGGUCCACUCUUUUCAUGUCUCAUUGGAAAGCAGAUAAAGAUGAUUCGAGAUGGGGACAGGUUCUGGUGGGAGAGUGAGGGUGUGUUUACGCUGGGUCAGAGGGUGGAACUACUAAGGCAUUCUCUAUCUCGCGUGAUCUGUGACAACAGUGAAGUGAAAGAGGCCCCUCUUGACCCCUUCAGGUUUGGGAAAUACCCUGACGGUUUUCUCUUGUGUGACAAUAUACCAUCAAUGAACUUGGAGGCCUGGAGAGAGGAGCCUAGCCCAGGUAUGAUGGCAUUUACAAACGCAGUAUUUGUGGUUUAGUGAGUCUGCCAGAUCAGAGGCAGAUGAACACUUGUCAUGUUGAUAGGUGUGUUUUAUUGAUAGGUGUGUUAUAUUGAUAGGUGUGUUAUGUUGAUAGGUGUGUUAUAUUGAUAGGUGUGUUUUAUUGAUAGGUGUGUCAUAUUG